GACGCCGGGGGCGUGUCUUCAGGCUUCUCCGCGUGUAGUUACCUGUGGAACGCGGGAGGUUUGGCCCGAGCACGCUGUUGUCGUCCGCCCAGGGAGUUUGAUUUUCUUUGGAGGGAGUCGUGAGCUUGUCCGCAGGCCCGGAACUUGGCGGCCCUCUCGGUGGCUGGCGCGGCGCGAUGGAGGUGGUGGAGGCUGCCGCCGCUCAGCUGGAAACUCUGAAAUUCAGUGGCACGGGCUCUGGGGUUGGCCAGGGUCCGGAGGGGCCGUCUCUGGACUCAGCUCCUGCGGUAGGGUCGCAGCCGCCGCUGCAGUCGCAGGACGGGUGCCCAGACAGUGUGCGGGCGGUGGAGGCUGAGCCUGCUGCGGAGCAGCCACCGCAGCCUGCCCUGAGCGCGGAGGCGGGCGGAAGCCCCGCGCCCCAGCCUGCGCCUGAACUGCUGCGCUGCGCGGCCGCUGAUGCAGGCCCCGCAGCCCCAGGGCGGGCGCACACCCCGCACUCCUUGGAGACCUCGGACUCGGACUCGGAUUCGGACUCUGACAGUGAAACAGAUUCAGAUAGUUCAAGCUCCUCCUCUUCCUCAUCAUCUUCCUCAUCAUCUUCCUCUACUUCUCAUACAUCACUUCCUCCAGUGCUGUCAGAUGGAGAUGAUGAUUUACAAGUUGAGAAAGAAAAUAAGAAUUUUCCUCUUAAAACAAAAGAUGAAUUACUUCUUAACGAGUUGCCUACUGUUGAAGAACUGACUAUUAUUCUUCCUGAAGAUAUUGAAUUAAAGCCUCUUGGAAUGGUUUCAAGUAUAAUUGAACAAUUAGUAAUAAUUGAAUCUAUGAGUAACCUACCUCCAGUUAAUGAGGAGACUGUAAUUUUUAAAAGUGAUCGACAAGCAGCAGGAAAGAUAUUUGAAAUAUUUGGACCUGUUGCACAUCCGUUUUGUUUACGGUUUAAUUCUUCAGAUCAUAUUGAAAGUAAAGGUAUUAAAAUAAAGGAGACUAUGUAUUUUGCUCCAUCAAUGAAAGACUUCACUCAGUAUAUAUUUACAGAAAAACUAAAACAAGAUAGGGGAUCAGAUGCAUCAUGGAAGAAUGAUCAGGAACCACCACCCGAUGCCUUAGAUUUCAGUGAUGAUGAAAAAGAGAAAGAAGCCAAACAGAGAAAAAAAUCUCAGAUUCAAGGCCGGAAAAAACUCAAAUCUGAAUUUAAUGAGCCAGGUGAAGAUUUUGCUGAAGUUCAUCAGAAUUGGAAUGCUUAUAGUCCUUCAGAACACUCAAAAGGAUAUCGCAACAGGGAAUUCACACGAGGAUUUUCUAGGGGUAGAUACCCUCGAUCUUGCCACAGCAGGCCUCCAGCUCAGCAGUUUUAUAACUCAGAACAUAUGGUAUCUCAGGAGACUUUGGGAUUUCCACCUCAGAGACAAGAUAACCCUAUUAUGCCACAAUACUCUUUUCCUCCUCCAGUGUUUGACAUGCAUAACUUUCCACUCCCUCCACCACCUCCACCACCCGCAUCUGUAAACAUGGGCUGGCCUGCACCUAACAUGGCACCUCAUCCAAUGCUUAACUUACCAUACUCCCUGCCCCCGCCUCCCCCUCCUCCUCCACUCCCUCCCCCUCCCUCUCCUGGAGAUAGUAAUUCUCAUUUUGGAUCUUACUAUUAAGUGCAUGUAUGCAUUUCCAGUGAAAUGUAGACUUCCAUAUUACACGCUAAGGGUUUUUUUUUUAAGGAAAAGAAAGUGAUUAUGGAACUAGAUUUUUUAAAGCACUGUAAAAUACUAAAUGUUUCAGUUGUAAGUUGAUAUAUAUUUGUAACAUGAAAUUGUAUUCAUUUGAAAUUUUCAGCUUAACUACUUGGGAAAAUCCAAUUAUGUAAUAUGUAAUUAAAACUUUGAAUCAUGCUUUCCUCCACCCAAUAAACAAUAUAUAUAGUCUUGGAUAUAGAACAGAUUUCAUCAUGCAUUGAAAUAUACUGAACACUGAUUGCCUUUUUUGGUAUAGUCUGAAAAUAAGAUGUUGAAGUCCUAUUGAGAGUCUUUAAAAUAAACUAUUUUUAUAAACUUAUACUUUUGGAAUUGAUUUGAUUUUAAAUGAAAUUUAGCAGUAAUUGUUUAAUUUUUUAAAGCAAUUGAGUAUAUAGAGGAGGAAAAUAUAUCUUGGCAGAAACUCUGACUAUAAAGUGACUGUUUAUUAAUUAUGCAUAGGCAAGCUUUCAUUAUCUAUGCAGAUUCUGUUCAGAAGGUUUUUACUAUUUAAUCACUUCACAUUAAGAUGUAUUUAGGGAUUAUAUCUUCCAUAUCUUUCUCCCAGAUUCUCACAUGCCUGGCACAGAUUAGGUGCUUGAUAAAUAUUUAUUGAAUGACUGAAUGAGUUUAGAGUUUUUAAUUAAAUAAGCAGUGGCUCUUACUUUAUAUCAAGUGUAAAUGUAUAGGAAAUGAUGGGAUUUUAGAGCUAAAUUAGUCUAAACUAUUUCUUAUUUAAUAAAUGAGCCUAACUAAGUUUCAAAAGGCUCGGUAAUUUAAGGUCGUUUAGCUACAGAGAUAGCGAGGAGUCGAACCUAGGUUUUUUUCUCAGGCUAGCACUUUCACUAAAUUGAUAACUUCCCAAUAUUUUUAUUCCUUAACAUAGAAAAUAUUUGUAUGACACAAGGGUGGGUCUGAAGACCACUUAUCACAAACCCAUGAACUCAUGUUGCAUUGAGGUCCCACCUUUUCCUGUAAACUGAGGGAACUCGGCAGGAUUCUUAGUGCGUAAGUUGAGAAGCGCCACCUUGGUAUGCUUGGACUUUAUCCUAUAUGUGCCAUUCUCAUUUUUCUUUCUUAAAAUGUUUUUGCAGCUUUUCUUUAGAAGUUUGCUUUAUAGUUUAUGACAUUGUCUUUUUCUGGUCGGUAGAAUAUGUCCGAUUGUAGAAGUAAAUGUGAUUAUAUCUAAAAGCACUAAAAGAAAACCCUUUUCUACAAGAAUGGGAAGAAUACAAGAUGGUAAGUCACUAAGUGGUUGUAGUCACUACAGCAUUUAAAAAAUCAAUUUCUGUACCUUGGGUAUACCUCAGAUGCUUGUAUCUGAGAACAUUUAAUAUCUAAAGAAACAGAACUAAAUUAUUCUGUUGAACCCAUGUUUUCAUUUAACCACUUAGACCCAAUUUGCCUUUCUUCCUGUAGUUGAUUCAGGGUUUUUGAAACUUUGAGGCGUCUAGAAAUACCUGAAUAGUUUGUUAAAAAUAACAUUCUUAUACUUUAUCUCCAGCUUUGAAUUUAGUAGAUAAUAAACCAGGUGGAUGAUUUCAGGAAUUUAUUCUUUUUUGCAAAUAUUUCAGUAUAAAUUUAUACUCCUAACUCCUUGCCCAUUCUCUUUGGAACUUCUUUGAGUUCUGUUUGGCUAACAGUAGAGAUGUGGGUUUUGUGGUGACGAAAAGAGAACUUAAACCACAGCCAAAAAAAAAAAAAUUGUGUCCUUGGUUCUCUUUUGUCAGCUACUUUUGUCUUUGAAUCUAACUACUAUGAUUUACUAUGAUUUUAAUAUUUCCCUCCCAAAAUUCAUAUGUUUAAGCUUAAUCCCCAUUGUAGCAGUAAUAAGAGGUUAGACCUUUGGAGAUAUGAUCAUGAAGGCUUCACUCAUUAGCAGAUUAGUACUUUAUGAAAGACUGGAAGACUAAGGGCUACCUCAGUUAUCUUGUGCUCUUUGAUUUCUCCCACUGUGGGAGGACCCCCUGAGAAGAAUGUGGCAACAAGGCACCA